GACAGAAGCCGGGCUUACAGCCGGACGCCGUGUGUUUUUAAAGGAAACCCGAAACUCUUAGUUUGAAAGGUGGCGCUGCUCUUCCGCGCUUGCAUAUGAGACGAGCGGGGAGCCGCGGGGCGAGCGGCAGUGCUGUGACUGGGGCUGAGCGGACGGACUGGGGCUUCACCAUGGCGGCCGAGCUCUCCACCUCCAUAAACAUCAAAGAACCUCGCUGGGAUCAGGGAACCUUCAUAGGCCGAGCGAAGCACUUCUUCACCGUCACAGACCCCCGCAACAUCCUCCUGUCCAACGAACAGCUCGAGAAGGCGCACAGGAUCAUUCAGGAUUAUAGACAGGGGGUGGUGACCCCAGGUCUGACAGAAGAUGAGCUCUGGAGGGCAAAGUAUAUUUUUGACUCGGCGUUUCAUCCAGACACGGGGGAGAAGAUGCUGGUGAUCGGCCGCAUGUCCGCUCAGGUCCCCAUGAACAUGACCAUCACCGGCUGCAUGAUGACCUUCUACAGGACAACCCCGGCAGUGCUGUUCUGGCAGUGGAUCAAUCAGUCCUUCAAUGCAAUAGUUAAUUACACCAACCGCAGUGGAGAUGCUCCCAUUACAGUGAAUCAGCUCUGCACAGCGUACGUGUCUGCGACUACAGGAGCGGUCGCCACGGCUUUAGGACUCAACGCGCUAGCAAAGCAUAUCUCUCCACUUGUGGGACGCUUUGUGCCAUUUGCUGCUGUAGCUGCUGCUAACUGUAUCAAUAUUCCACUGAUGAGGCAAAGGGAGCUGAAGCACGGCAUUCCAGUCACAGAUGAGAAUGAUAACCGGUUAGGGGAGUCAACAAACGCAGCGCAACAGGCAAUCUCACAGGUGGUCAUCUCCAGAAUCCUCAUGGCCUCUCCUGGAAUGGCUAUUCCACCUUUUUUAAUGAACACACUGGAAAAGAAAGCCUUCCUUAAGAGGUUCCCAUGGAUGAGUGCACCCAUUCAGGUCGGCUUGGUGGGAUUUUGCUUGGUGUUCGCCACUCCACUGUGCUGCGCACUGUUCCCACAGAAGAGCUCCAUGGCCCUGAGCCGUCUGGAGCCCGAGCUUCAGGAAAAGAUCCGUGCGAGUCAUCCAGGAGUGGAGAGAGUCUACUUUAACAAAGGACUAUGAGAGGAAAAGCCCCAUCCCUACACUGCCAUAGCCAUCCCUCUCACCGCCAUUUUAAAGCCACCUUCAGUGUGCCAAAGUUAAGUUCCUCUGUCUCAUCUCAAGGACAUUCCAACUCAGUUGUUUUGUAAGAUGUUAUCCCUAGUGACUGUUGGGUUUUUUAAAUCAAAAAAAGUUUUGUUUUUUUGACGUUGCAGGUGUGUGCUAGUGUUAGGAAAAUACCCGUCUCAAAGGUGCUCUUUCAGUUCGGUUUUGUACCUACAUGUAGAGUUUUUGACAUGGUUUUGUUCACAGUGCAAAAGCAUUUGGAUGGUGGCAUCUGUGCUGCUCUGGAUUUGAAAUGAAAGUAUAAAAAUUAGGUUAAAGUGCAAGAAACAAAGGCUGGCGGUUUGGUACCUACUUAAGCAAGAAUACGUUGGUUAACUUUACACAACAAAACAACCUGGAAAAUUUUGGUAGUGGUUGAUGGAGGAACACUUUAAGUCAUGAAGAAGACAAAUAAUAAGACAGUUAGACAGAGUUCAGAGGAUUAACCAAAGGAUUUAAGCCUCAGAACAGAAAAAUCGAGCUACACUUUGCUAAUUAAGACACAAAUUCCUUAGAGAGCUGGGCCAAAGUCUUAUUAAUGAAUAAGAUGUCAAUUCAAAAGGAAUUGAAAUGAUUUUUGGAAAUAUCAGCAUAAUUUCUUCAUCAAGAUGUAAACACAGUCAUGUGGAUGGUUUGGCGUGAAAUGCUCCAUUGUAGAGAAACUUCCUGACCCAGUGGAGGUGAAGGGAAGCAGGAGUUUAAUGGCUCUAGAAGCUCUCUCUAAGAGUGUUUUAAAACCAAAAUGGUUAGAAAUGCGUUGCCUGAUGCUACAGACAUUGUUUUGUAAUAGUUUUGAGGAGAGAUUAUCAGUUUUUCAUGGAAGAGAUUAUAUGCAGGGCAUUGUAAGGCACAAUAGUACACACACACACACUUUCUAAGCCACUUAUCCUUCUGGGUCACAGGGGGGAGCUGGAGUCUAUCAGCAGUCAUUGGGCAGAAGGCAGGAAACACCCUGGACAGGUUGACAGACAGACAGACAUAUACAUUCACAGCCAGGGGCAAUCUAGCAUGUCCAACUGGCCUGACUGCAUGUUUCUGGACUGUGGGAGGAAACGCCACUCCAGAAAGGACGGUGGUCACCUGGCUGGGAACAGUACAGGCCCUUCUUGGUGUGAGGCAACAGCACAACCCACUGUGCCACUAUGCCAAUAGAGUAAAUCUUCACUGGUUGUUUUGGCCAUUUAUAAAAUGAUUAAUUCACUUUUUACUAGAUUCACUAAGAUUCACUAAGAAUGGCUUUGUUUACAUUUUAAUGAUAGAUUUAUGCCAACAUUUUGAAAAAUCUGUGGAGUUUCCCUUCAACCUUCAGAUUGAGAAACUGGAAUUGCUCUUGUUCAGAAAAAGCCACCUCAUAUAUCGUUGCUGUCCAAAGAAAUACAGGUAUCUCCAAAAUAGUAACUUUACAGGAGAGGGCAAAAACAUUCUUUACUUUCAAUGUAAGUCAAUGGAAUUGAAUUUCAUUUCAAGCAGUUUUGGAGCAUUGCUAUUGGUCCAAUCUUCAUGAAAUUAUCACACAAUGUAAAGGACAUCUGCUGAGCUCAAAUGAUGCAGAAAAGUAAAAAUCGCAAAAAAAUGGAGAUACAUGUUUUUCAUUGGACAGCGACGAUAUGAAACACGGUGAAUUGUAUGAGCAGGUGUGACCGCCAGCGAGGUUUCUAAUCUGAUAGAUGAUGUGAACUGUAUCACUCGUCUUUAUCGACGAUGUGACCACCAAAGCGGGAUGCCAGCAUCAGGAUGAAUUCAGAAACUACUGAACUGCUUAAAUAACCAGAAUGUCUGAAAUCUUGUAGCGGGACAAUAAUCCAAAGUAUUAAUUCAUUUCAAAUCCAGUGCGCUGCAACAGCAAGAGCUGUGUCACUGUCCAAUCGUGUGCGGACGGCACUGUUAUCAUGUUUGAUGCCAAACCAUUCCAUGUGCCAUACGGAAUCAUGUUCAGAGAGGAACAAAGACAGUGGGAAAUGAUCCUGUGCUUUCUCUUAGUGUUUUUAUUGCAUUACUGUACUUAGUCAACAGUGUUAACGUGUCCAUUAAAGCUGCUUCUGACACAAAACUGCCAAAAAUUUCAAGCUCACUUUAAAGGUACACUAAAUAGUGUUUUCCAUUCAUGGUACUAUUGAUAUUAUGACAGCUGGUACCCAGUAAUGUGACUUAUUCUCACAGAACAGCUGAACCUUAGCUGCGUAUGUGUGAGUUUCACCUGGUAGGAGUGAAUAAUACUUACUCUGUUUAGGUCUGCCAGUUAUUUGAGCUGACCGCAGUUAUUUUAGUUAUUAUAUGGUUGUGUCACAACAGAUGUAACUGAGCUGGGUGUGCUUUUAUCAGUGUGGGUUGAGGUAAAUACCUGGCAAUUAAAAAAAAAAAAAAAAAGAAGAGAAAAUGAGACAGACAAGUUAUUGAGACACAUUAG